AUGGGUCGCGUCAUCCGCAACCAGCGUAAGGGCGCUGGCAGCAUUUUCACUGCCAACACCCGCCUGCGGAAGAACCCCGCCAAGUUCCGCAGCCUCGACUAUGCCGAACGCCACGGCUACAUCCGUGGUAUCGUGAAGGAGAUCAUCCACGACCCCGGCCGUGGCGCGCCCCUCGCUCGCGUCGUUUUCAACUCGCCCUACCGGUUCAAGAAGGUCUCCGAGACUUUCAUUGCCAACGAGGGCAUGUACACCGGCCAGUUCGUCUACGCCGGCAAGAACGCCGCCCUGACCGUCGGCAACGUCCUCCCCCUCGCCUCCGUCCCUGAGGGUACCGUCGUCUCCAACGUCGAGGAGAAGGUUGGCGACCGUGGCACUCUCGGCCGCACCUCCGGCAACUACAUCACCGUUAUCGGCCACAACCCCGACGAGGGCAAGACCCGCAUCAAGCUCCCUUCGGGCGCCAAGAAGGUUGUCAGCAGCAGUGCCCGUGGCAUGAUCGGUAUCGUUGCUGGUGGUGGCAGGACAGACAAGCCCCUUCUCAAGGCCUCGCGUGCCAAGCAUAAGUUUGCUGUCAAGCGUAACCGCUGGCCCAAGACUCGUGGUGUUGCUAUGAACCCCGUUGACCAUCCCCACGGUGGUGGUAACCAUCAACACAUUGGUAAGGCGUCGACCAUCUCGAGGUACGCCGCUCCGGGUCAAAAGGCGGGUCUCAUUGCUGCGAGGCGGACGGGUCUGCUCCGUGACAUCCAAGCUUUCGGCAACGAGGCCCUGCUUGAGAAGUAUGGGCUCAAGGCCAACGAUGCCAUUCUCGCCGAGCCCAAGCACUUGGAUAUCUACGAGGACCUCCUCAACAACUACGAUGCCAAGCUGAUUGCGGGUGGUGCUGCCCAGAACACGGCCCGUGGUGCCCAGUACAUCCUGGCGGACAAUAGCGUCGUGUACCUUGGUGGUGCGGGUGACGACAAGUACUCGGCCAUCCUCCGCGAUGCUUGCAAGAAGGCUGGCCUCCGGGUCGAGUACCGCGUUGACCCAAACAUUGCGACCGGGCGGUGCGGUGUUGUUAUCACCGGCCACAACCGCAGCAUGUGCACGGAGCUGGGCGCUGCCAACCACUACGAUCUGGAGCACCUGAAGCGUCCCGAUAUCUGGGCUCUCGUCGAGAACGCCGAGGUCUUCUACAUCGGCGGCUACCACUUUACCGUCUGCCCUCCCGCCAUUCAGGAGUUGGCCAAGGAGGCCGCGGCGAAGAACAAGCCGUUCAUCCUCUCGCUGUCGGCGCCCUUCAUCCCGCAGUUCUUCAAGGACCCUCUCGAUGCCUCCGCUCCGUACUGGGACUACGUGAUCGGCAACGAGACCGAGGCCGAGGCCUACGCUGAAUCUCACGGGCUCGGCACCAAGGACGUCAAGGAGAUUGCCAAGGCCCUGGCUAACCUUCCCAAGGCCAACACCCAGCGCAAGCGUGUGGCCAUCAUCACUCAGGGUACCGAGCCCACCGUCGUCGCCGUCCAGGGCGAGGAUGCGGUCAAGGAGUACCCUGUGCAUGCGAUCUCCAAGGAGCAGAUCAACGACACCAACGGCGCGGGCGACGCCUUUGCUGGCGGUUUCGUCGCCGGUGUUGUCGAGGGCCGCUCUCUGGACGAGUCCAUUGACCUUGGCCAGUGGCUGGCUCUGUUGAGCAUCCAGGAGCUUGGUCCUUCGUAA